AUGUCAAAUACUGAAUCAGACCAUAGUGAUAGCCCAAGAGCAUUUGAGGGAGAAUCAGCUUCGGUGAGUUCAACUGCAGGUCUUGAUAGUGCCGAUUUUGAUGAGGUAGUAAGGGGUACAGAGGUGUCUACUAAAUCUGGGGGCACUUCAAGUGUGGAGGUGGUUGAGGUUAAUAAUUCUCAACCAUCGACAUCCGGUCACCGAGCCGAGGCGACCGAGGCUGAUGUGUCCGUUGCCGAUCCCGGAGAAGAGCUGAACGCCUUGAACGAGGCUGAGUUGGCGAAGAUUAGGGCGGAGUUCCACAUCCCAGAUUCGGUGGUGAUGCAGAUCCUAGGGCCGUUGGAGUCCUUAAGCAAUCCGGAUGGUGAGGUGGUCUUCUUCACCGAUGUCUUCAAACAUUGA